AUUGAUCAUUAUACCGACAUUCGUGGCAAAGAGAUUUGUUUACUUUUUGUAUGUGUUCGAUUAAAGAAUAAAUAAUAAUUUCUUAUAUAUUGUUUAGUAAACUAUCUUAAAGUAAUGCAAGAUCAAAACAAAACCUUUGCAAGAAUUGAUGGAAACAAAAACUCGACGUCUUUGUGUUUUGACAAAAAUGAUUUCAUGAAGGGAAACUUUUCCGUCGAUGAAUUUUUGCAUAAAAAUCGAAAUGCACCAAGUCUGGAACAGCUGCGUGAUGACUUGGGAAUAUAUUUGAAAGAUUUGCGGGCCUCUAUGAUUGAUCUCAUUAAUGAAGACUAUGCUGACUUUGUGAGUUUGUCCGCAAACCUAGUUGGGUUAGAUCAAUCCAUUGCAGAUAUAGAAAAUCCUUUGCUUCAGUUUCGUAAAGAAGUCGAAAAUAUUCGUGCUUUGCUCCAAGAAUGUGCUUCAGAAGUUCGUCAUAAUUUGGAGAAAAAGCAACAAUUUCGUGUGCAAAAGCGAAAUUUGCAAUGUUAUCAGAAAGUGGAAGGAACCUUGCAAAAGCUUGAAAGCUUAUUAGAACAUCAACUAAAAGAAAACCUUAAACCAAUUGAUUUGGAGCGUGCAGCACUUGAAUUAAUACAAUUGCAAUUUAAUCAAAAGUUUUGUUGGGAUCUAUUAAAGGAUGAGCAGAAAAAACAUUCCGAAAGAUUGCAAAAUGAAGUUUUUGCUAAAUUGCGCAUAUUUUUUAAUGAUGCCUUGAAAAGUUCCAAUAGUACAUGCUCGGAACUUUUGGAGCGCUGUUUAAGAAUUUAUAUAACACUUGAUGCUUGUCCAAUGGCAGAACAAGUUUUUCGUGAAGACAUCGUUGCACCUUAUAUGAGUGCUAAUAUUUCGGAACAUUGCCUGCAAAACUCUCCACAAGGUUUAUCAGGGAUAUACGGAAAGAUUUUAAAUUUUAUAUCACUCCACAUGACCGAUUUGCUACGCUUGACACACUACACAGACAAACUUAGCGGUUUUAAUUUUUUAGUUAAUAGCUUUUGGGUGGAUGUAGAAAUGCGUUUGGAAACUCAUAUGACAUCGAUCUUUGCACCCGGUAAUUCCGACGUUUUCUACAUGAAAUAUAAAUGCACACGAGACUUUUUGUCAAAGAUUGAAGAGCUCUUGGCGAAUGACAAUGCGGUGCGGGAUUUCAAGCAACACAAACAAACGAUAAGCUUCCAAUCGCGGUGGAAUCUACCAGUUUAUUUCCAAAUAUGUUUUCAGGAGAUAGCUGGAGAGUUUGAAACGGUGCUGGUACCUUUGUUACAUGCAGAUAUGAUGAUUUCUAAAUCAAAAGUAGUAAAUAUUGGCUAUCAAUUGGCCGCAUUUAAUAGCGCAUCUAAAGCUAUAGAACAUUGUUGGAAAGAAGGUGUCUAUCUCUCUGAGAUUUUUCCAAAAUUUUACAAACUAAGCGUCCAAAUUUUACUACGACUUUCUCGGUGGAUCUCCGACGUUUUACAGCUCAUUACAAAAAGCAGUUCAAAAAACGUGAACAACUUGGAGGGACCUCCUCAAAUCAACAAAACGAAUGUACUAAUCGCAUUGUAUGCAGAUGUACAGGUGCUUAUCGGACAAUUGCCUCAAAUACAGCGACACAUCGCAAUAAAUAUGCCGCAGGAGUUACAAAGUGAUGCAGACUUUUGUAGUAUUAUUGCAAAAUCAAUCGCCGAUGUGCGGGGAACACUUGAAAGCCAUCUCGGUACGGUUGAAGCUGCAAUAGUGGACAUUUUAAUAUCUGAAAGUGGCAUAGAAAGUGUGCGUCAAGUUAAAGAGUUGCCGCGUUUGUAUCGGAAAACCAAUCGGGAUAUACCUGCAAAGUCAUCGCCAUACAUUGAACAGAUGCUCCGUUCAUUGAAAGCAUUUCAAAACGAACAAAGUUCACAACUCGGAAAUGUUAUUGCCACCAAUGUUUUAUUAAAAGUAUGCUCAAAAAUAACUAAAGAUUAUUACGUUGCCGUCAAGGAUGUACUUACAUCUGUGCAAAAAACAGAGGAAUCACUACGUCGUUUACGCAAUCUUAAGAGCGGCGCUACAGCAGCACUAACGACCGGCGCAACAACGAUGUCGGACGAUGAUAAAAUACGAUUGCAACUACACGUAGAUGUCAUUGCAUGGACGGGGGAAUUGGCCAAAAUGGGUCUAAUGCCUUCGCAAGUGGAAGACUUGCUCGAAUUGAAUAAUAUUGUCGAAGCAAACUCGAAAUUGAAAGAAACCAAAGAUAAUCAAUAAGAACAGCAAAUUUGUUUAAUUUUGAUAAAUACAGAAUUUACUGAGCAUGUAAUAUUUAACACUAAAUAUUUAAUUGACAAUUUGUAUUUAUAUUUUACAAACGUUCUGUUAAUUAUACUUCCGCUUGAAAUCAAUGCCUGGUACGCACUUCUAAUUGUUAGGCACUGUUUAUUAUUGUCAUAGUAUUUAUCAAUUAUAUGUGGUGUGCAGUGACAAUUAUAGAAAAUAAUAUGCUUUAGUAUUUAAUUUAUGCUAUCAAAAAAUAUAAAAAAUCUGUAUUAUAUUUAAUAUCGUAAUUUGUAAAUAAAUGCAUCAUUUCAUUUUA